CAGAACUUAAAAAAAAAAAAAAAAAGAGAAAGAAACAAAAGAAUGGAAGAAGAGUUGAGAAACUUGAUCAAGGUUUGGAUCUCUGCCUUUAUCUCCAUAUCUUACUGUUACUACAUCUCUUCAAGAAUCUCCAAAGGUUUUCUCCGUCUCCUCUCUCUCCUUCCCAUCUUCAUCAUCUUUCUUCUUAUUCCUCUCUUCUUCUCUUCUGUCCACUUCUGUGUCAUCUCUGCUUUCUUCCUCACAUGGCUCGCAAACUUCAAGCUCGCUCUCUUUGCUUUUGAUCAAGAACCUUUAAGCCCACUUCCUUCAACUCUCUCCCGUUUCUUCUGCUUCGCUUGUUUUCCCAUCAAAACCAACCAAAAACCUUCUUCAAGUCAAACCUACAACAAACCUAUGUCUAAAUGGGUUCUUGCUUCCAAAGUUAUGAUAUUUUCCUUCUUAUUACAACUCUACAGUAACAACUACCAUAACAGUUUAUCUCAGCUCCCUUUCUUGGCUAUCUUUACCAUCCAUAUAUACCUUGAGGCAGAGUUUAUCUUAUUCUCCACCGGUACGUUGCUCUCUACAAUUCUUGGUUGUGAAAUCGAACGGGUCUUCAACGAGCCUUAUUUAGCUACUUCAUUACAAGACUUCUGGAGUCGUAGAUGGAACCGCAUGGUCCCAUCAGUUCUACGUCCAACCGUUCACAUCCCAGUUCAGCAGUAUACGACUCGGUUAAUCGGUCCAAACCUGGCUUUUUAUGCUGGAGUGUUGGCAACGUUUCUUGUCUCCGGGUUAAUGCAUGAGCUUAUUUACUUUUAUAUUAUUCGUAAAUCUCCAACUUGGGAAGUCACUUGUUUCUUUAUGUUGCAUGGAGUUGUAACUUCUUUGGAGAUAUGGGUGAAGAGCAUGCGGUUGUGUCCACCACCGCAUCGAGCUGUCUCGAGUCUUGUGGUUGUGGUGUUUGUGUUUGUUACGGCCGGUUGGUUGUUUACACCUCAAGUGCUGAGAAAUAAUGUGCAUAAGAGAGUGAUAAAUGAAUGUUUGUUUGUUAUAGACUUUGUCAAAUCACACCUUGUUAACAUUGUGAUGUAACGUUCAUAAUAUGAAGAAGCGUUUUUUUUUUUUUGUUAUCCUCAUCGUUAUUAUCGAUAAAAGGUUAGGCCACACACUUGGGAAGUAGAGGCAGGACAAAGCUGGAGCAAUGAAGUUUGUCAUGCGUUACAAAUUUGGACUCCUAUAAGUAAAAUAAAAAAAAACGUUUUUAUUCAAAUAUGUGCCAAAAUAACUAAACCAUAUAUAUAGUGAUCUAGUAGGUCGAUGAAUCACCAUAAACUCAGUGGAUAGAGUAGAUAAGUGAGAUCCGACCAUCUUCCACGCCCUCAUCCACUAGGCCAACUCCAGUUUCAGAUUAACUCGGAACUACUUUCCUUACUUUGGUCAAACUCUCUAUCGGGAAAAAACAACCUUUAUGACAAGGCCAUGUGAUUGGGAACAAUGCAUGGUGUGAAUCAUAUUUACACAUUUUUAAUCAUGAUGAGUUGCUUGCAUUCUUUGGCAUUGUACCCGUUUACUUUAUACUAGUCACAAAACUUGGUUCCGUCGUGGGCAUGAGAAGACGAAGUUUGUGUGGGGGUGGAAGAUAAGUCUGAUGGUUUCACGAUUGCUCACUGUAGGGUUUGUAGUUUUACGAGUGGUUGGUUGUUUUUUCCUCCUCUUCUAAGAAGUGGCAUGUUUGUUAGACUCUCUAAUGAAGCUUUGUUGUUCAUUGAUUAUGUGAAGGGCUAUGUUUUUUACUUUUCGGUAAUGAUUCGUGGAUUAUCAAAUCAUAUUACUUUGUGAAAUUUCAGAAUUACACAGAUGUGAUUAGUGGUUUCGGUAGAUCAUCAUCUACUGUAGAGAUAGUUUGAGGAGGAGUUAUGAGACUUCACAUCUAUAUAUAUCAUCAUUUAGAUAUAUAAACAAGUGGUUUUGCUUACUUUUUCGCUGGUCAUGUUGGGACUUAAACGGGUUAAGUUGUAAGUCGAUUGAUUAAGCUUUGGUAAUUUUGUGCAGAAUCAGUAGAGUUGAAACUUUUCAUAAAGGGUAAGUGUUUCGACAAUGGCUUAUGGCUCUGUAGCAUAAUCGCGUGGGGAAUCUCAUGAAUCACGUGUUCGACAUGUCUUAAUUUAGUUGUUUGGUUUAAUUUGGACUUUUAUGUAAUGGGGUUAAUCCCUUUUAAAACCAACCACUCGUAAAUUUCAUCCUUGAGACUGAUGAAAGAGAAAUGCUAAUUGUCUUUUAUGGAAUAAAUCUUAGGGGAUUUGCACUAGAUAGCAAAAAUAUAGGAGAUAAUUAGGUAGAUGGGUAAGACACUGUACUUUUUUAGGUAAUACCAAAACAGUCUUUAUUUCCACAGGAAAAGCAAAGUACAGUAUCUGUUACACGUCAGACGUGAUUAAUUAAAACAGACGGUUGCACACAAAAAGUGUCAAUAAUGCAAAGAAUUAAGACUUUCUUUCUCUUUUAUGCAAAAAAACCAAAGGGAUCUAUAAUAAUAUUAUUCCCCGAAUCGGUCUCAAUUCCCAGUUCCUCCAAACAACCUACGAGAGUAGGUGAGUACGAGUACGGCAAGUAGCAUCGGUCUCAUCCUCAAAUCAUGUGGAUUUCGAGUCACCGCCAUUAAAAUUGGUCUCUUUUCUCUCCUUAUUACAAUAACCUUUGUCGUUUCUUUCAUGUGUGUAAUAACGAACAUGUGUUCUGUUUCUUAUGUUUUCUUCAAACAAAGUUUGUUUCUUUUCUUUCAUUUUUGCUUUUGAUUUUUUUUCUCCCAAUGAAAAAAAAAGUUUCAGAUUCAAUUCCCGGUUCCUCCAAACAACCUAGGGAGUAGGUGACUACGAGAAUCGUAAGAUAAGAGAAAAAAUGUUGGCAAAUCUCAGCCAUUACUCAUCUCCACCGGGUUCACCUAACGAAGUCUCUGUAAGUCGACAAAAAUAGUAUUCAGACAAUUAUACUCGAAUCCGGUUUCUAUACUUUGUACAUGGUUUUUAUGUAUAUACUCAAAUCCGGUUUCUAUUAGUUGUACCCGGUUUUUAUGUAUAGGCAACUACGGUUUCUCCUCUUCGAAAAUGUCUUAUCCUCACCGAAAAUAUCUUCUCCUCUUCUCUUCACUUCUCCUCUCUAAAAAUAUCUUACAACUCUUCUCUCACCAAUUUGGAAAAAUAUAACCGAUUUUGUACACUUAUUUACUUUUUCAAUAGGUUCAAAAAUAAAACUAAUAAAUAGUCAUAACUGCCAAUUGCAGGUUACUUGUAAAAUAUAUCAAAACUCUUCUCUCUUUAAUUUUUAUAGAUACAUCCGGUUGCAAUAACUAAUAUCAUAGUUUUAAAAGAAUGUAGCCGGUUUCGCUAAGUGUAUUGCGUUUUGAAUACAAAUUUAAUUAUUUGCGAGCAACCCGGGUAGCAGGUAACGAGGAAGGUGUGGGUAAAGGAGAUAAUUGGCAACUCAUGGAAAAAUUGUCAUGGUUCGCCAAUUAUUAAAAAGUUUGCAUAGAUCUGCAAUUACCAUGCUGAAUUUUGAUUUCUAGCUAAAUAGGCC